AGGCGUAUAUGUGUUCACAUAACUAACAACUCCAACCUCAGAUUAAUAUCAGGUCAUAACGAUGGUGUGAGUAGAAGAACAAUGAUUCAAAUAGAACAGUUUAUUUCAAUGAACAAGUGAAAGAAAAUUACUACAAAAGCAGGUAACAAGGGGAGGCAAAAAGAAGUAUUCGUUUCUAAAUCAACUGAAGCAAAUUCAAGAUGUGCGCUGCACAAAAUGAUAUUAUUUCUAUGCUAAAGAAUCGAAACGUAGCUGCAGAUAAAAUUGAUAUCACCUCUCUUGGUAUCUCUUUCAUUAACACCUGCCUUAAUCCAAUUUUAAUAUUCUAUAUAUUUGAUGCAAAUUUAGGGACACAGUUUCUCAGUAUAAUUAUAAUGCUACAGAUGACUUUCGAAUGGUUCACAUCAAUUGCUUAUAUUCUGUUUGCAUUUUAUCCAGUAGUUAAAAAUGAUCAACUAUGGUUAAAUGUUAUAAUCUGUCAUAUGUGGAGUAGUACAUUUAUGUACAAUUUAUUUAUCAUGUUCUGUAAGUACAAUGCUGUAACAAUGUUGAUUGAGCGCUGUUUUCAAAUGCUCUAUCCAAAUAAAAACAUAUUGGAUUAUCCACACACUGUAUUCACAUCUUACUGUUUUGCAAUGAUAUUUGUAAUGGCAAUUAACUUGAGAUUUACUGUCGUGGUUCAAGUUGAUUCACAAGGUCAGUGUGUAGCUGCCGGUUCUAAUCCAGCACACAACAUACAUAGUCAGCAACUCUUAGUAUUCGGUUAUUUAUGCCUAAUAUUACUUUUAAUUCUACCAGCUAUAACCAUGACAACGUGUUAUAUUCUCAUGUUGAUUCACUACAUAAGAAAAAAGCAUUCAAAUAAAAAUUUUAAGGGUUUCGAUAAAAGUAAUCUACAGCACAUAUUAACUUUACUUGUAAUUAUCUGGUCGGUUGAAGCGACAAUGGUAAAUAUAUUAGAUAUGACUUUAUUUUAUAAAUUUCAACUUAAAGGCUAUACAACAUUAGCACAAACAAUUCGUAGUACAACUGGAUUAGUACGUACGUUAUUUUACCUCAGUCGUACAUUUAGUCUAUUUGUUUUCAUACAACCAAUUCGUAAAAGAUUUAGUGGUCAUAUUCUAAUAAUUGUUAAAUGUUUUACAAAAGUGUUUAAACACAGGCAAAGAGAAAAUGAAACAAUAUCAAGGUCAACAGAAGCAAACUUCUGA